AUGACAAAGAGUCUUGCUGCCAACGUCGCGCUAUUGGAAGCGGUGGUGAGAGGGCGAUUGCGGGACGUGAGACGCGCUGUAAAGAACCGCGCUGAUGUCACGUGUAAGGACGAAAAAGGAAUGACGCCCAUCGUGCUAGCUGCGUGGCGUGGAGAUGCUGAGGUCGUUGACUUUCUAGCGCAUCAUAAAGAAUCUGAAGUUGCUUCUUCGUCGGAGUCGUUGGGCUUUGAUACGUAUCUGAACGAGGCUCUUUCUUUCGCGGUCGCAUGUGGCCGAGCCGAGGUUGCUAGCGUGUUGCUUGACUACGGAGCUGAUAAAGAUUUUCAACCCGAGAACGACGCGACACCGCUAAUGUAUGCAGCUAUGUGUGGCCAUAUCGGCUCGGCUCAACUCUUGCUGGACUGGGGUGCAGACACUCACGCACGAACGAACAAGAGAGCGACCGCUCUCCACUACGCUGCUAGAAACGGGAGACUUCAGGUUUCUCAAUUGCUCCUUGAUGCAGGAGCCAAGGUCGACGCCGCAGGUGACAAAUUGAUGACACCGAUGAUGGAAGCUGUUCGAGAAGAGCACCUAGCUGUAGUCGACUUGCUCCAAUCGAGGGGAGCUUGUCUUUCUCUGUCACAUAAGUAUGGACGCACACCAUUACACUUCGCAGCAGAGAGGACGGAGCUCGCAGUAGUGAAGCUGUUGCUGGAUAGAGAUCAAGAUGUCUGCGUUUAUAUAACGGACUCGCAGGGGCUUACACCGUUAAUGACCGCCGCUCGUGCGGGUAACGACAGCAUUCUGAGGGUGAUUUUCAAGCGAGGGUCUCGUGUGGAUGCCACAGCGAAGGACGGGAGCACGGCGCUGCAUUUGGCAGCGUACAACGGACGUCUUGAUGCCUGUCGUGUUCUGAUUGGAGGUGGCGCCGAUGUGAAUUCGGUAGACUACGCCGGCUUGAACGCGUUGACGAAAGCUGUCCAAAGGGGACACACAGACGUCACCAAACUACUUUUGCAGAACGGAGCAGACGCCCGCUUUACGACAGACUCGAGAAGUCUGCUUCAUCUAGCAGUGGAGAAUGGUGUCGACGAUAUUCUGCAUUUACUCUUGGAUCGAGUUAAGUGUGUCGAUGCCGUUGACGACAAGAGGUUCACCCCACUUAUGAUCGCUUCACAAGAAGGAAAAGAUGCGGCGGUUGGCCAACUGAUCUCUCGAAGUGCAAACGUGGACGUUCACGCGUUUAAGCUACUUGUGGAUGAAGGAGCUAGCAUUGAUGCCAACGACCAUUGCAAGCGGACGCCCUUGCAUCUUGCUGUGAAGAAUGGGGCCAAUGAUGUCGUGAAAAUGCUUGUCGGCCGUGGAGCCAACGUCAAAUUGAAGGAUAGAAGGGGAUUCACGCCGCUGAUGGUCGCUGCGCAAGUUCUGCCAUUCGAAAGAUCGCGCAGCAUCAUGGGGAGAGGCAAGAGGUGGUGCGAUCAGGAGGACGAGGCUCUGGCUCGUGCGAACAAGGCUGCCGCUGAAAACUCCAUCCAGAGGACUGAUCAAAAGGCUACUGCUUUCUGGGAGAAUGUGUGCCAGCGUACAGCAACAGCUUUCGGCGGCGACUCUCGGACCUUGCAGGCCAUCAAAAACCGCUGGAGCUUAAUUUCUCAUGACACGGCCAAGUUCGCUGGGUGUGUUUCUCGCGUGAAAGCUCGCAAUAAAUCGGGGAAGAAUGAUGACGAUGUUGUCAAUGAUGCUGUCGCAUUGUUCCAGGAAACUCAUGGAAGUAGGCUCGAGUAUUUGUCGUGCUGGAUGAUCUUGAAAAGCUGCCGCAAGUUUGCUGCGUUUGGCUUACCUGCUCGUCAAAAGCGUAGCCGUGACGCUGUGCCGGAGCCAGAGAAAGAGACUAGUGAGCGUCCACAAGGACAGGAUCAAGCCAAGAAAGCACGAGUUCAGGAUUCAGCUUUAGAAUCGACGUCAUCGCUCCUACGCCAGCUACUCAGCCGUAUCACGGAGAAGCACGAGAGAGUGCUGGCAGAGAUGACGCGUAAAAUGAGCUGCGUGAUGAAGAGCUAG